AUGCCAAUGAAGUGUUUUCCUGGUCCGGGAAACUUCCGUGUGAAACUUGCCCUGUCACUCAUCACCCUUAGGCCGAUCAGUAUAACGCAAAUUCGAAAUAAAAGUUUGAAUCCUGGGGUCGAUGCCGCUGAAGUUUCACUUCUCAAGUUAAUUGAUGAAGUCUCCAAUGGUACAGAAAUAAAAAUCAGUGACACAGGUACUACUGUAACGUGCAAACCUGGGAUUCUGGUCGGAGGGACUUUCACGUUUGAAUGCUGCGGGGAGAGGGGUCUCGGCUACUUUAUUGAAUUUCUCCUUUUGAUAGCUCCUUUCUGUAAACAACCUAUAAAUGCUACUCUUAUGGGAGUGACAAAUUCUUCGAUUGACCCUUCCCCAGAUAUGAUUAAACAGGCGUGGUUUCCCGCCUAUCGAGAACUCAUCGGGCCAAGCGCUGCAGCUGCCUUGGAGUUGACCAUCACCAAACGUGGCACGGCACCAAAUGGCGGUGGGGAGAUAGUCUUCUCUUCCAAACCGUGUACUGGGAUAUUACCAAUGAUGAAACUGAAUGAAGGAAAAGUGUACAGGAUUCGUGGAGUUGCCUGGACUUGCCGCGUCAACUCCGGAUAUGGGCAUAAACUAAUGUCAGGUGCCAAGUCCCUGCUCAAUCGGCUACUUAGUGAUGUCUAUGUUACUCUAGAUCAUCGAAAAGAUGAAAGCGCCGGGCGUAGUCCUGGUUUUGGAAUAACCUUAUGGGCUGAGACAAAGGAGGGUGCGGUGUACUCCGCUGAGGCAAUAAGUGAACCAGAGACUCCGAGCGCUGUUCCUGUGGACGCUGAGGCAGUAGGAAAGUCAGCAGCAAGUCAUCUGUUGGAUGAGAUUUACAAUGGGGGCUUUGUGGAUUCAGGGGCGCAAUCUCUUAUUCUUUUUCUGAUGGCUUGUGAAGCCGGGAGAAAUGCCAGCCAGUUGGCCAUCGGAUCACCUACCUCCUAUACCGUCGCAACAUUGCAGCUGAUUCAGGAAUUCUUGGGUGUCACGUUCCACUUUGACUAUCGGAACCGACUUGGAUCUGGGAAACUCGCGACACAAUCAGAAGACGGCACUUCCGACCCACCAGACCAUCAACCCGAAGAUUCCGCUUCACUUGACUCAGACGUACUUAUCGCUACCUGUUUUGGUGCCGGAAUAAAGAAUGUUGCGCGUGCUGUUCGAUGAACACAUUUGUUUUCAGUUCAGAAAGGUGAU